CAGCGCACAAGACAAAACAUGCGCUACUCACAGACUGUGUUGCAGUUCUUCUCUCUGUUGCUGGCAGUUCAUGCAUUCGCCGUUGACAAACGAGGAUGCGUUUCUUCUGAUGUUGCGUUGGUCAAGUCACAAGUCACCCACCCCGACUAUCUAUGCACUUGGUACUUGAGCGAAACACAGUCCCCGGUUCCUGGAAUCAAAGUCAAUGCACUGUUGAAUGCUUGCAACUGUAUCAUCGACGCAGCCCCCUCUGGCACUUCAGCUCAGAUCAAGAACGAAAUUGCGGAAGCUGCACGCUCGCAGACCUUCACAUACGGAACCUGCCCGGUUGCGGCUUAUGCGUUCAUCAACAAUGAGUUCAAGGAUCCAGCUGCAUUCUGUAAUUUCUGGGGAAGCUGGCAAGUCUUUCUUUCGAACAUGUGGUCUUGCAACAUCUCUGACAUGUUCCUUUAG